AGUUGGUAAGGAGAUGUACAUAGUGAAUCGGGGCCGACUGCAAGUGGUAGCGGAUAACGGGAAAACGGUGCUGGCCACUCUCAAGGCCGGCUCUUACUUUGGCGAAAUCAGCAUUCUCAAUAUGGGGACCGCAGGUAAAGAGUGCGGUAACCGGCGAACAGCGAGUGUCAGGUCGGUCGGCUACUCCGAUCUCUUCGUACUCAGCAAAAAGGACAUGUGGGAUGUGCUGAAGGAGUAUCCAGCUGCAAGGGUACGCCUCGAGGCAAUCGCUGUGAAGAGGCUUGAAAAAUAUAAGCGAGCUCCACUAGAAAAGGCGGCAAUGGGCAGAUGUCAGAGUACCCCGGGCUUGGUAGAGUCACACGGACGUAUACCCCUAGAAGAAAUGUUGAUCUCACCGCUUGACAUGCGAGGCACCCGCUCUCUCGGUCACUCGAUUUUCUCGCCGAGCCCGAGUCCCCUGGACUCACGUGACCCAGCUCGGACCUCCGUAACUCACGCAGCCUCCGGAAUCCCCAGGAACAGCCAACCCAGAACAGCAGAUAGCCCAACGAGUGCCACAAGCAGCGGUCACAGCAGCGAAGACCCUAUGGCUAGAGCACCACAGUCCGGAGCGACGCAGCCGUCCACUGGGCGACAGUCCACUCAUUCCGCAGGUAUGACGUGCAACAGUAUGACACAGCUAGUGAGUGAAGGUACGACACCAUUGUUCGGUCACGAGCCUCUCCUUGCCGAGAUCAAACGACUCCGUGAUCGGCUAGUGUGCCUCGAAUCCGAGAACGCUUCAAUGAGUCUCAAGCUGAACCAGAAGCAGAGCGAAGUGGAGCACAGACUAGCCGAGAUCGAGAUGCAGAUCUGCGGGGCGAGCUCAUCCUCGAGCGUCGAGGACAACGAGCGCAAUCGCGAGAGCAUCAUUUAACAAGAAACAGGGCCGCGUGCGGAACGCGGCAAUUCGAGACUCGAGCGCA